GCCGUGCGGCAAAAGGCGAUCGCGGUAGCCAAUCAACUUACAACUUUUCCAUACGAGCGAAAGAUUGAUUGGCUACCGUCCUGUGUGCAGGAGCCAUUACACUUUCUAAACAGGUUUUCUCAAGUUUUCUUAGCUUUCUUUCUUUUCAAUGUCUGAAUAUAUAUUUAUCUCAUUUCAAGUGUAGAGGAAUUUCUAUCAAGCGAAACUAACCUAAUUAUAUGUUCUAACCAUUUUCAACAUGGAGUUUAUACAACCUUAUUCCGAAAGUUCAGACGAAGAAAACGAUUUUCAGCCAAGAAAGCAAAGAAAGAAAGGAAAUAAAGACUUUGACAGUAGCUUCGAAUUUAUAAGCAAUGCAGCUGAAUACAAUCAAGAUCCUUGGAAUGAUCUGAGCAAAUAUAUUAAACGUAAGCCAAAAGCGAAAUUAGAUGAUAAGAUAAAGAAGAUUCGAAAGGAAUAUAGCAAGCAGGAUGGAACAGAAGAUGAUCCUAUUAAAAUUGAACCAGAAACAGAUCAGAAUGAUGAUACCAUUUCCCUAUCUGAGGAUGAGCUCAAAAAAGAUACUAUUAAGACCAAGGAAAAGAAAAAGAAAAUAAAAUUUGUUAAAGAAAAUGAUGAAGAAACACUUGAUUUUGAGGAAUAUACAGAUUCUCAAACAUAUUCUACAUUUUAUCAAAUGAAUUUGUCUAGGCCUUUGCUAAAGGCUAUAACAGCAAUGAAUUUUGUUCAACCAACUCCCAUACAAGCUACUACCAUUCCUGUAGCUUUAAUGGGCCGUGACAUUUGUGGUUGUGCAGCAACAGGUACUGGCAAAACUGCGGCUUAUAUGCUCCCAACUUUAGAAAGAUUAUUAUACAGGCCACUGGAUGGCCCUGCUGUUUCACGUGUUCUUGUACUCGUACCUACUAGAGAGCUGGGAGUACAAGUUUAUCAAGUAACAAAACAGUUAACUCAAUUUACAACAAUAGAAGUUGGUUUGUCUGUAGGUGGAUUGGAUGUGAAAAUACAAGAAAGUGUAUUGAGAAAAAAUCCAGAUAUUGUAAUAGCAACUCCUGGAAGGUUAAUUGAUCACUUAAAAAAUGCACCUACUUUUUCGUUGAACAAUAUAGAAGUAUUAAUUCUAGAUGAAGCUGAUAGAAUGUUAGAUGAAUAUUUUGCUGAACAAAUGAAAUACAUUGUUAAGCAAUGUGCAAGAACCAGACAGACUAUCCUUUUCUCUGCUACUAUGACAGAAGAAGUCAAAGAUUUAGCAGCAGUAUCUCUCGACAAACCUAUUAAAAUAUUUGUGGAUAGCAAUCAAGAUGUAGCCUUUAACCUACGCCAAGAAUUUAUUCGCAUACGUAAGGAAAGAGAAGGAGAUCGUGAAGCAAUCCUAGCAGCAUUAGUUUGUCGAACUUUUCAUGAUCAUACGAUGAUUUUUGUACAAACAAAAAGACAAGCCCAUAGAUUGCAUAUUUUAUUGGGAUUAUUAGGCUUGAAAGUUGGAGAACUUCAUGGUAAUCUCACACAACCACAGCGAUUGGAAAAUCUCCAGAAAUUUAAAGAGGAAGAAAUUGAUAUUUUAUUAGCAACUGAUGUCGCUGCAAGAGGUUUGGAUAUAAGCGGUGUAAAAACUGUGAUUAAUUUUGUGAUGCCUGUUACUCUACAACAUUAUAUACACAGAGUUGGGAGAACUGCAAGAGCAGGCCGUGGAGGUGUUUCUGUAUCAUUAGCUGGUGAACAGGAACGUUUUUUAGUGAAAGAAAUUAUUAAGCAAGCAAAAAAUCCAAUCAAAAAUAGAAUAAUACCACCUGACAUAAUAGAAAAAUACAAUAAGAAAUUACAAUCACUGGAAGCAGAUGUGGAAAGAAUUUUACAAGAAGAAAAGAAUGAGAAAGAAUUGGCUAAAAUAGAGAAUCAAGCUAAUCGUGUUGAGAAAUUACUUAAAGAUGAAAAUGUCAAGGGAUGUCAGAGAAGUUGGUUCCAAACUAGAAACGAAAAAAAGAAAGAAAAAGAUAAUCUUCGAUUAAGUAAAAAAAAAGUUCACAAAAGUAAAAAGCCUGAAAAGCAACCUUCCAACAUAGUGGAAGAAAAAAAGAAGAAAACGCAAAACGAACCUAAGAAGGAUACAGCCGAAGAUAGAGCUAAGAGAGAAUUGGAAAAGAUAGCUGCCUAUCAAGCGCGACUAGCCAAAAAGAACAACAAGCAAAAGAAGAUUAGAGUAGUUAUGGAUGAAUAUAAUCGUGACUUUACUAAAAAAGGAUCAUUGAAACGAUCAAGAUCGUCCUUUGCCACUGAUCUAACGGACACAAGCAAAAAAGGUGUCAAAAGAAUGCGAUAUGAGGCAAAUGUUAUGAAAAAACAAAAUACAUCUAAAAUGCAACAAAAAAAUGUAGCGAGAAAAGGCCAAAAAAUAUUUUCUAAAAAACGUUAAUUUUAUAAUGUAACAUAAUUCUAUAAUUAAAUACAUGGCAUAUUAUUAAAUUUGUGUGUGUUUUAUUAUAGAAUGAUUAUACAAUACGCGAUACGUUUCACAGAUUGACAGAUGAAUAGCACUGAUUGAUUGUUUAAUCAGAUUAUGUAUACUUUUCGUAGUUUAUGAACUGUUUGAAAAAAUUGCAGUACUAUGCAGAAAAAUAAUUGCAUACUUGCAUCAUUUCAAUAGAGAAGUAUAAUGGAUAAUGAUAUUUAUUGAUAG